UCAUUUUGCCUUUCAUAACAUUUAUAGGUUAAAUGAAAAAACAUAAAUGCGCAAAAUUAAAAUAUAAAAUUGUCUGAAAUGGCGACAAAUACAACCGGUAUGACCGUCUCUCAAAUUUUGAGAUCACGAGUCGAACUGGAAGAUGAACCCAAAAAGAAAUCGAGGGAGGAUUGGCGCAAGGCGAAGGAAUUAGAGGAAGCUCGAAAAGCAGGUACCGCACCAGCUGCUGUAGAUGAAGAAGGGAAAGAUAUAAAUCCCCACAUUCCUCAGUAUAUAUCGACCGCCCCUUGGUAUUACAGCGCAACUGGCCCUACCUUGAAACAUCAACGUCCCCAACCAGAGAAACAGAAAACGUUUUCGGAGUUUGACGAAUGGUAUAAACGUGGAGUGGACACUAGCAAGGUUACCGUAAAAUAUCGUAAAGGAGCAUGCGAAAACUGCGGUGCCAUGACACACAAAAAGAAGGAUUGCAUGGAUCGCCCUCGUAAGGUGGGUGCGAAAUUUUCCGGUGCCAAUAUAGCACCGGACGAGUAUGUGCAAUCAAAGUUGGCACUAAGUUAUGAUGGCAAGCGUGAUCGGUGGAGUGGUUACGAUCCCUCUGAACAUAAGGCGAUAAUUGAAGAGUUUCAAAAGGUCGAAGAGGCCAAGAGACAACUUCGUGCCGAUAAACUUAACGCAAAUGAAGCUUCAAGUGAAGAAGACGAAGAGGAGGAUGAAGAUAAAUAUGUGGAUGAAGUGGACAUGCCUGGUACUAAGGUGGACAGCAAACAAAGGAUUACAGUGAGAAAUUUGCGUAUACGUGAAGAUACCGCCAAGUAUUUAAGAAACUUGGAUCCUAACUCUGCAUAUUAUGAUCCCAAAACAAGAUCAAUGAGAGAAAAUCCUAAUAAAAAAAUAGAUGAGUUAUCUGUUGGAGAAAAUUUUGUCCGGUUUACGGGAGAUACGCAAAAGCACGCCAAAGCUCAACUGUUCGCGUGGGAAGCAUACGAAAAAGGGGUUGAUGUGCAUUUACUAGCGGAACCCACCAAAUUAGAAAUGCUGCAGCAAGAAUAUGACAAGAAAAAAGAUCAAAUUAAGACGCAAGUUCAAAAAGAUGUUUUGGAACGGUACGGAGGUGAAGAGCAUCUUCAAGUUCCACCAAAGUCACUUCUACUGGCACAAACGGAAGAUUAUGUCGAAUACUCGCGGUCAGGAAAAGUAAUCAAGGGUCAAGAGAAGCAAGUUGUUAAAUCUAAAUAUGAAGAAGACGUUUACAUUAAUAAUCACACCACUGUCUGGGGUUCAUACUGGAAGGCGAGCCAAUGGGGUUAUAAGUGCUGUCAUUCUUUUCUCAAAAACUCUUACUGUUUGGGUGAAGCGGGAAUAUUAAGGGAGUCUCUUGCACCACCACAUUCUAUUGAAAGUAACUUAGAGAAAUCGGAUCAGUCUUCGUCUAGUAACAGUAGUAGUGAUGAAGAAACCGAUAAGAAUAAAAAGAAGAGCGAAAAGAAGAAAAAUAAAAAGAAGAAAAUGAAAGACAAAAAGAAAAAGAAGAAUAAAGUCGAGAAAAAAAGUGGCCUUUCAGAUGCUUUAAAGGCAGAAGAAGAAAGUCAGGCUGAUGCUGAACGAUUGUUGCAACUGGACGAGAGAAAGCGUCCAUAUAACAGUAUGUUUGAUGUGAAAAAACCAACUGAUGAUGAAAUGGAAGCAUAUUUCCUAAAGCGUAGAAGAGAAGAAGAUCCCAUGAAUCAAUUUAUGUAGGUGUUUAUAAUUUAAUUGUUGGCUAAGUGGAUAGGAAUGUUUUUGUUUCCUAUUUUAAUUGUCAAACUUUAACUUAAGCAAUGAAUAAAUAAUAAGUCAAUUUUA